UGUAGUACAUAGAUCGAAUACAGAGAUGACGAUGGAAAUGCAAUUUUUUUUAUAAAAAUUGAAUAAUAACGCGCAAUAAAGUUUGGUCGAGCCACUCUAAACUCCUCGUGACCAGUCGCCAGUCGCUAAUCUCGUGCGGUGAACGGGGCUUAAGACCCGUGACAGUCGCCGCCUCCCACCGUCGUCGUCCAUCACCGGGAGAGUGGAUCGCGACGCUGCGCGAUUGUUGACAUUUCGCUUUGGAUGCCAAUGUAAAUCCGACUGAGGCUGCCUCUCCAUCCGGAGGCUCGUCGCGCGACGCUUCGUCAGAUCGACUGUCACCUCUCGAUCCAUCUCGCUGACCUCGUCAUGAGCUCGUCGAUAUCCAUGAGCAACGCUGGACCACCGACCACCGCCACUGGUAUGGAAACAGUGGUGGCGGUCGCCCUGGGCGCACUCGCCGCCGUCUUCCUCGGCGCGCUCCUGGUGCUCCUCGUCAUUUGUCGCAGACAACGCUGCUAUUACAAUCAGAAGGACUCCGCGGAGCUGAGCUCCGAUCUGCUCGAGGGAGAGAACAUCACUGGCUUGGGAUUGGAUGUGUGGGAGAGCGAAGAGUGGCUGGCGGGUGCUGAAAGGUGGGUGGACGACGCCACCGGUUUGGCGCCGCCUUGCAUAGCAGUGCUCCGAUCCUGUCAUGCUCUGGCAGCCAGUCUCACCACUAUCGCUGGGACCGUCAACAGUAAUACUGUCCCGCUGGAGAUAGUAGACGUUGCCCGACGUAUUCCGCCUCGCGUGGACGACGUCGUUCGCAGUUUGUAUCCUCCGUUGGACGCGAGACUGUUGGAAGCCAGGGUGGCGGCCCUGGUGUUGGCGGUGACCCACUUGGCGCUGGUGACCAAGCACGGCGUGCCCAAGAGCCAGGCCAGGAAACUGGCGUUCAUUGAUCAAGCCCUGAACGACAUGGACACGCAUCUGCUGGUGCUGAGAAACGCGGCGCUAGCCCAGGAAGUGGCCUGCUCUAUCCCGGCCUCUACGCCAGUUUAAGAGUAUAUACGUCGAUCGAUCUCGCGAUGAAAUCAAAUUUCUCUCUCGCUGCGGUAUUCGUAAUCAUUGGAUUAUUUCUAACUUCUCGCGGUUUUGUUUUCGUCACGCGAAAACGAAGGUAACGAAAGCUGUACAUAAUAUGGUCGUUAGAUUUGUAAAUACACACGUAAAUUUGAGCCAUGCAUCGGGCAAACGCAAAAAUGGGUCAUCGCUGAUCUCAGGUGGAGAAUCAACUAAAGUUAAUGAGAUUAUUGACGGAGGAGGAAAAAACUCGUCAAUGUUUUGUCAAUUACUCGUUACUAUAAAAAAAUACAUAUAAAUAUAUUAGAUAUAUAUAUCUAAUAUAUCUAUAUAUAUAUAUUAUAUCUAAUAUAUAUAUUUUAUAUAUACAAGCACACGUUGGAAGUAUCGUGAGGAAUAUAUUUUAAUCAUUUUUAAAACGCGGUGAAAAUUCGCCAAGACAUCUCUCGACAUUUUACAAUACACAGAGAUAUACAAAAAUGACGUCUUCCAUGUUAUAUUAUCAUAAUUAUUUAUAUACGUACACGGAUAAAAAUGUAUUUUGGGACUAUAUAAUCGAUCGUACCUGCAUACGUUUGUACAUGUUCCAAUAUUUUAUAUUCUUGAAUCUUGAAGAUAAUCAAAUUGUUUUAUUAUAGAUCGUUAGUAAGAAUUUAUAAUGAAGUUGAUCGUCAAAGAGAAA